AUUUUCUUUCAGCCAUACUGAUUACUCCUCCUGAGAUACCUCAGAACAGUGGUAGGUGGGAGGAGGCUUACAUUGCAUUUUUGCAGGAUUUUUGUAUUACAUUUUGUUUUUCUGAUUUUGUUGCCAGGGCAAGCACUUCAUACCACUGCAUAAGAAGAAUGUCGGUCCAAAGAGGAGCCUGAGGGCAAUGAGAACAUUAUGCUGAUCAUCCUUGUACUAAGAAUUGAUACAUUAGAAUGGGUGGAGCUAUAGUCUUUUGCGUUAUUUGGUUACACCCACUUAGAUUCAUCUUGUUAUCACAGUAUGGUGGGAUCCACACACAGCUUAUAGGAGGGAACACUCAGUUAAUGCCUCUUUUAUGUUUCCUUAGUUAACGCCUCCCUUACCUUUAUCAUCUGCCAUAAAUAGUUCUCAUCUCACGUUGUUGGAUCAAACUUCUAAUUCAAUUUUAUUUUUCCCAUUUACAUGAUGAUCUGUAGUUUGGGUCUGUACAAAGAUCAAUCAUGCACUGCCCUGCCAGGUUGGAAGUGAUGUGCGUGGGUCUCUCCUGCCUUGACCCGCCUUAACCUUCUCUGGACAACAUCUCUGCUGUCCUUUUUUGUGUGAAGGAUGGUGCUAACAGCCUGAGGCUCAAAUGGGGCCACCUGAGAGUAAAAGGUAUGUGGUGGGUGGUUUUUUUAGUUCAUUUCAGAAAACCUUAGUGAUUUUUACCUAGGUGGCUUCAAAUCCAGUAAAGAAAUUACUGGUUUUAGUUUGUCAGAAAACAGCACAGGCAAAUGAUUUUCACAGACACAAAUAAUUACAGAUUCUGGUAACGCUGUCUAAACUUCAAGGAAAAUCCAAACUUUUGGUGCAAGAAAGCUGAAAUCUACCUAAAUUGCUGUAUAAGAAGGUGCCGAUAAAUGAAAAAUGCUGAAAAGAGGGCUGUUUGGAAACCAAUAGAGAUGCAAGAUCUGUUCCUUUUCAAUGAUUCAAGCUUCAAUGUGAGUGUUACUAGUUGCCAACAGCUUAAUUUUUUCAAUAUCUGUCUCAAUUUGUCAACUGAAUCACAAGAAUAAGAUUUAUAACUUAUUGGAUAAAAAAGAGGGGGGUUAAUUUUUUUUAUAAAUAAUUUUUUGCAUAAACUGGGAAUUAGCAUUUUAUCCUGCUUCCCUCUGAAGGAUGUAAAAUUCAAAGUAGAUAGCUGAGACCAGGGCAAAGGUGCAAUGAGUGGUUGUGAUUUCUGUAGAGCAGAUCUUCAGAUCAGAUGUCUGGCAGGGACGGGCUCUGAGGAAACCUGCCAACCUUCCCAGUGGGAGUUUGGUGCCAGAACUGUGUGUUUCACUGCAUGUCAUGUCUUAAGCCACAUUUGUUCAUUAAUACUAGUGCCUACAGAAAGAUUCUGUCAUCCCAUGUAGGAAAACCACAUUUCUUAGUUGAAAAUUCAUCAUGUAUUAUGAGCUUACCUGAAUUGUAGUUUUAGUGUCCAGAAGAACAGAGGCUUCUUUAGGCGUGUGCUUUUACCCACUGGUAAGUUGUUCUUGUAGCACGGUCUGAAUGACCUGCAAACUUUGUAAUUUAUUCUAGAAAGGUAAAGGCAGUCCUGACUUUUUUUUUUUUUUUUUUUUUAAGUUAAAAAAAAAAAGCGCUGAGUGUGGUCAUUGGCCUGCCAGGUGCCAUCUGUUAUUUGAAGGUCCGCAUCUUCUUCCUAUUUCACGACUCGCUGAAAGCAACUUCUGCCUUAGAGCGAGCAGAACUUGAGCACAGCACAGAUGGCACGUUUCCUAGCUCUAUGUGCUGUGCAUGGUACUUGAUGAUGCCUGUACAGGCUGGCAGUCUCUGUCCAGAAUACGUGAUUCGUGCUACUGAUUCUUCACAGUGCUGCUGCUGCACCUUUGUAGUCACUCACCUCUGGCAUGUUCUGCAGCCUGACAGUGAGCCUGGCUGCAGCUUUUCUGCCAGCUCCCCAUGAGCUGCUGUUCACCAGAGAUCAUUUGGAUGGGUGGAGGAGCCCUGAAGAAUGGGUGGGACAGAUCCCAGAGCCAUUCCAGGUGCUGCCAAGGCAACUGUGGUAGUUGCCCACCCUUAGUGUCUUCACAGUGGAGAGGAAAUGUUGGACAUAAAAGAUGAGGACGUACUGGUAGGACACCUGGCUGAUGGAAAAUAGCAUCUCACUGCUUCAUGAAGUCUCCCUUGAACUAACUUGGGGUGGGCUAAUAGUAGUAAUAGUAAUGAUAAAUCUGGCCAACAGAGUCACAUUCAGGAAUGGUGCUUUUGUGCUGCUCCAGUUACUAUUGACUGCCCCUCUUCAUCUGACAUCACCCGGAGGUGGUACAGCUGCAGGAAGAGUGAUUUUCUACCCCCAGUCCUGAAUAUACAUGCAUCUGUAAGGCCAUGACUAUUGUUCUAGCCAAAGCCCAGCACUCCAAGGAAGCCCUGAGGCCACUUGAUAUAAUUGGGUCCUAUCUUUUUGUUCUUUCCUUGGAGCUGGAACUUCCCUCCAUGAGAGAGUAGCAUUAAUAUACCUGUCCUCUCCAACAUGUUAGGCAUGCACAGAUAACCUCAAGAGUCAAAUGGAGGAGGGGGCAGCCACACUCAAGACUUCAGGGAUAUGGAAGAAGAGAUGAGGAGAAGGCUUUGGGUUAGGCAUGGGGAAGGGAGGCUGUGUGCCUGAGCUGCACAGGGUGCGUAAAGGGUGUGUGGAGGUGACAGUUAGACAGAUAAGCCCUUCCAUCAGUCUGACACUUCUGUCAUUUAAUUCAAGUACUGUGAAAGAGGAACAGAGAUUCUGGCCAGGUGGAACAUUUGGCACUGAUUUUGACUGUGGCAGCAAGUCCAGGGUCAGCCAGGAUGGUCAGGCACAGCCAUGCAGUUCAUGCAGAACUGCUCUGUCAGGAAGCCAAAGUCGGGGGUGUCUUCUACAGUCACACUCUGUGAAUGUGGCAGGUGGGACCCUGCCCUCCAACAAAAGGCUUGUAAGCUCUCAGAAGACAACCAUUUGAAAAGCUGAUUAGUUUUCCCCACACCUUCCAAUACCCAGCAGUAUUUUGUGCACUCCCCACUUCUUUGUAGCAAUUCCUAACACAUUUUUCAGCUUUUACACUCCAAGGAGGAAUGCUGCUGAUGUUUCAGAGCAGUGUUCUUUCUUACAAUAAGAGCUUUUCUCUGCAUUGUAAUAGUUCAUUGAGAGCCUUUUAAAAUGUACAUGUAAAAAAGCCUUUUUACAUGUACAUGUGGAAAAUAGAAACAUAGGACUACACAUACUAUUUUGCACUUGUUACCAUUAGAUUUCAUAUGCAAUUUUAGCACCUACUCAGUAGUGUAACUGUUUCAAGUAUCUGUAAUCAUCUUUAAUUUUACUGCACUGAAUAUCUUGUGUCAUUAGGUUAUUAUUCACCUUCUUUACAAUACUUGUCCUCCUUCACAGCACCUUGAAGCCACCUGGUCUUGGUGAUGUGCUGCUACUCUUCAAAACCAAAACUUUAGAAAUACUCUGCACUAGUCCCAAUCCAAACUGGUAUGUACAUAUAAUGAUGAAGCCCAAGCAGAGCUCAGCCCUGUCUGUGUUGCUGCCACACUGACCACCUACAGAGUUCACUGCUGUAUGUGCAAAGCUUUGCUGGUCCUUGUGUUCAGCUCCCACACGUUGAGUUAACAUGGUUGGUAGAGGUUCCUUGAUACUGUCUGUGCAGUAUGCUAUAUGAGGAGCUGUUGAGGGAACUGGGGCUGAUUAGCCUUAAGAAAAGGAGGCUGAGGGGAGACCUUAUUGCUCUUUACAACUACCUGAAAGGAGGUUGUAGCAUGGAGGGUGUUUGUCUCUUCUCCCAAGUAGCAAAUGAUAAGACAAGAGGAGAUGGCCUCAAGUUGCACCAGGGGAGGUUUAGAUUUGAUACUGGGAAAAAUUCUUCAUGGAAAGGGUUGUCAGGCAUUGGAACGGGCUGCCCAGGGAAGGGCAGGUGGAGGUGUUUAAAAGGCAUUUAGAUGAGAUUCUUAGGGACAUGGUUUAGUGCUACAGUUAAGUUAUGGUUGGACUUGAUGAUCCUGAGGGUCUCUUCCAACCAAAACGAUUCUAUGAUUCUAUGACUCUAUGUUGUAUCCUUCAUCAACUUAAUCAACUUAAAAAUAUAAUAAAUAAAGAUAUGAUUUUACCAAGAUAACAAAUACAGUGGCCUUUCUCAUUCAGACUCUGGCACCUAAUGGCAGAGGAUGCUCACCAGUAUUAUUCCAGUCAUGGUUAAUUGUAAGUGCAUCUCUUGUAGAUGAGGACUGUAGGAGCCUGUGCUGGCUGAGCACUGAAAUGCAGGGGGCAGAGGUGGUGAUCACGAGAAGUAGAGCACUUCGCAGUAGCGCAGCUGAACUGUGUGCUGCACCAGGGCAAUGGUAUGAAUGAAGAGGGCUCUGGAAAUAAUUGAAGUACUCUUAUCUCCAGUGCAGAGUAUGAAAAGCCUUCCUGUGUUGUAAUGGAAAUGUAGGCAAGAAACCAGAAAAUGUCACAAGCUUAUUCAGUCAAGUGUACUUCACUUUGUUUUUCCAUAAGCAAGUGUGUAUAUGUGUAGCUACAACAUACAGAAGAAUUGGUAUGAGCAGUAAGUUGGCAUAGGAGAAUCCUCACUGCAGAAGUGCUAAUCGAAUUCUGUGAGAUUGUGAAAAUGAAUGAGAAAAAUCUGUUACAAAAGCCACAUUAACUUUACAUUUCCCAUCCCACUUACUCAAAAUGUAAGAUGUGUGUAAUCUUUCUUUGCAAAGGAACUAGAUUUUCCAGUCACAGAAGAAAUGUUCAAGAAAGAAAUGUCUUUCAUGCAUACUGCAUGCUUUAUGAUUGCCCGUUACUGAUUUAUGUGCCGUUACUGUGAAUUUGUGGGAAAUGCCAAGUAGGACGUAACUAUCGGGUCAGACCAAUAGUAAUACAGGAACCAUUAAAAAAGAAGACAUUUUGUUUCAUGAUCCAACAUGCAGCCUCUACAGAAUUAAAACAAAAGGCUGAAGCUGGCUUAGCAGGGGGAUAUAUGAGUAACAUGAAGGUACUCUCCAGCUAUAAGAGGGGGCAAAUGUCUGAUGACAGAGUUCCUCAGCAUCAGAAAAACGGUUUGGUGCCCCAAAUCAGAAACAGGACAAAUUCAAGUUCAAAUUUCAGAGUGCAGAUUCUUGAAAAUAUGUGUUCUGGUUUUUAGGCUACAGUUUGUUAACACUGCCCUAACAGAAGAAAAAAUUUCAAGAUGACAGAGGCCCUGAUUAAAGAAUGUGGCACUCAACAUCCCUGCAAAACAAUUCUGUUGCCAAAAUGUUCCUUGAUAUAUUGUAAUGUACGUAAGCACAGACUUGCAGGCAGCUGGAAUUGUGCAAUCUUUUCAGUCAGACAUAGAGAAUUCUCAGGGAUAAGUAACUGUCCUUCACAGAUAAAAAUAAAGCAACUUGGAGGGUGUUUGUUCAUAAUACUUGUCAUAUACCUGCUUUGAAUAGUAUUUUUAAAUAGCACAGCCACUUCUGUGUAAACAUUAACUGUGGACCUGCCUCAAUCUUCACAGAAAGCAUGUUUUUACAAGAUGUUACUUUAAAAGGAAGAAAUAGGAGGAGCACUGACUUAUGAGGAAAAUAUUUGGGUUGCUUUUUUUAUUACUGUGGGUUACAGUAUGGAACGUGCAACAUGAUGCAACUCUCCUGCUUGUUUUCCAGUUGGAUUACUGAGCCUGAUUUGAGGGAUAUCUGUGUUUGAAUUUAAUUAUUUCACUUUUUUGUGUGGAUCAGUAGCCCAUUCUGAUGGGCUGUUACCUGGUUCCUUAGCUCAGUCCAGUGACUUAAGGCUAUUUGCCUCCUGCAUCAACUCCUUCCAGAUGCCCUUGGACAGGAAAAUACAAGUUUUUACCUUACUAUUGGCCUUGUCGUUCACGGAAAACAAGAAUCCCAGGUAAUGAUAGUUGAAGAUGCCAGCUUUGUGGAGGAAAUGCUUUAAUAAAAAAUCCAGAACUAAGAACGGAAAAGCUGAAAUGGACAACAUGGCAGACACAAGUGAAAAAAUGCAGAUGAAAAAAGAAAUCACAUUACUAAAUGGAGUUUCUUUAAUUGUAGGGAACAUGAUUGGCUCUGGGAUAUUUGUAUCACCCAGAGGUGUUUUAAUGUACAGUGCUUCUUAUGGACUCUCCUUAGUCAUCUGGGCACUCGGUGGGAUGUUUUCACUGUUUGGAGCUCUGUGUUAUGCUGAGUUGGGAACAACCAUCGUUAAAUCUGGAGCCAGUUAUGCCUAUAUCCUGGAAGCAUUUGGUGCCUUUGUGGCCUUCAUCAGAUUGUGGUCUUCCUUGCUAAUUAUCGAACCAACAACUCAGGCAGUGAUAGCAAUCACGUUUGCUAACUAUAUUGUUCAACCAAUUUUUCCUCAUUGUGAGCCACCGUAUGAUGCAGUCAGGUUGAUUGCAGCUGCUUGUAUUUGUUCCUUAACAUUUAUUAAUUGUGUUAAUGUAAAGUGGGGAACCCGUGUACAAGAUAUUUUCACAUAUGCAAAACUUCUGGCUCUUAUCUUGGUGAUAGCUGUUGGUCUUUACAAAAUUGGUAAAGGAGAAACAGAAAACCUGAGAGCUCCAUUCGAGGGCUCAGCUACAAACCCAGGGAUGAUCGCACUGGCUCUCUACUCAGCCCUCUUCUCCUAUUCAGGAUGGGACACGCUCAACUAUGUCACCGAGGAAAUGCAGAAUCCCGAGAGGAAUCUACCCAUUUCUAUUGCAAUUUCAAUGCCUAUUGUGACUAUUAUUUACUUGCUGACUAAUAUAGCAUACUAUGUAGUUUUGGACAUGUCAGUUCUCCUCACAAGUGAUGCAGUGGCUGUGGCGUUUGGUAGUGAAACCCUUAGCUAUGCCAAGUGGAUAAUUCCUAUAGCAGUGGCCAUGUCUUGCUAUAGUGGUUUAAACUCAUCGAUUAUUGCAGCAUCUAGGCUUUUUUAUGUUGGAGCCAGAGAAGGACACCUCCCUGACAGUCUGAGCUUGAUUCAUGUAAAGCGUUUCACACCAGUCCCUGCUCUCCUCUUCAAUGGCUUAAUGACUAUGCUUUAUCUCCUUGUGGAAGAUGUUUUUCUCCUCAUUAAUUACUACUGCUUCAAUUACUGGCUCUUUGUGGGUCUGUCUAUCGCAGGACAAAUAUAUUUGAGAUAUACUCAGCCACAUAGACCACGGCCUAUUAAACUUAAUCUCUUCUUCCCUAUAGUAUACUGUUUCUGUUCCCUUUUCCUGGUCAUAUUUCCUCUCUACAGUGACACACUCAGUUCCAUUAUUGGCAUUGUCAUUGCCCUCUCAGGGGUUCCUGCAUACUAUUUGGGAGUUUAUCUGCCAGUUGAAAAACGACCUAAAUAUCUACAGAAGCUCUCUGUUACAACAACAAAAUACGCUCAGAUGCUCUUCUACUGUGCUCUGUCAGAUCUGGACGUAGACACGGAACGUAAAGCAACUAAGGGGAGAUAGAGUUGCCUUGACAAUGAGGGCUGCACCUGGAUCAGUUUAUAUAAUCUGAAGUUCUACCCAUGUGUUCAGUUAUACUAAAGCACUAACCACUGUACUAUGCAUCAGUUUGAUGUUUGUUUAUUUGUCUUUGCUUUAUAAAUAACUUUUUUUAACAGAAAUUUUUUUUAAAUUCUGUUGGUUAAUAGUGAGUUAUUGUGUGACACUUUGAAACUACAAAGCACUGUAUGAACAAAAAUUUAUUAGUAGUUAAGUGCUAAAUAUUAGGAUAAUUGCAAAAGCAAAAAUAAAAGUGUUAGGUCUGGUCAGAAUCCUAAGAAAUAAAUUGAUAAAUAUAACAAAAGACGGGCCAGACAUUUGCAAGAUCCAAAACACAAGUUGGGAAAUAGAAGCCACAGUGUACUUCUAAAAAUAUAACUAAAUCCUUAGCCAAAGUAAAAAAUAUACAAUCCAAACUGGUAGACAUGCUUUGAGUGUAGGAUUAUCAUUAGACUAUUCUGAUGUGUAAUUCCCAGCACACAUAUUUUACCCAAAGCUUUUGGCCACUUAAAUUCUGUGAGAAAUUCUCAUUUGACUAUAUCCCACAUUCAUUACACUUUUGCGGAACAAGUAUUUUCAACAAACAAACUAUACCAUUGUAACUGCAGUACUUUUGCUUUCCAGCAGAACACCCUGCCGUGGAACACUGUAAGGGACUGAGUCAUGGUGUUCCAGCAGGUGUAAAAUCAGGGAAAACACUUCACCUUUUCAUAGUGUCCAUUGCUUGUCUAGAAGUAUCAAAGUUGUUAUCCCAUGAAUCAUACCAUUUUUUUUUCCGCAGUGGAACUUAUUUAAGGAAUUCACAAGGAGAAAUUAAAAAAUAUUGACGUUUACCAAAUUCUUUGAGCCCCUGCCCAGCCCUUCAUAUCUCCCCAGCUCCUGCUGGCCUGCUGCAGGUCUCCUGCUGAGCACGCAGAGAGUCUCCAGCACCGGCUGCCAGGUCCACGUCACACAGGUGCCUGUUGCACAAUACCCAGCACAGGUGCACCCACCAGUGGUGCCACGAAACAAAAGGGCAAUUAAGAAUUAGAAUCGUUCUCCUGAAUAUUAUAUUUUUCAGUGUGGCACAUGGGAAUGUGCAACUAGUCCUAAUUGUUAGUCUUCUGAAAUGGAAGAGACAAUAACUGUCGUUUAAAAAAAAAAGCCAUCAGCCUUGCAACCUAGACCAUAAAAACAGCUGCUCCAGCUCUACUACGCUUUGUGGAUAUGUAGUACUAUUUGUUAUCCUCGCUGUCAGGUCGUGCUUCCUUUCUGUAAUUACAUUGUUUCUAAUUUGAGUUUCACCAUUCCUAUUCAAUUAACCCCAAUUAAGGUAAUUUAAUCUUAUACAAGUGCCUGUAGUUUCUAGCAUUAUUGUCUUUUAUUAAUGUCUGCCCAGAGAAAGAGCAAUGGAAUGGGGAAGAAGGCAAUCAUUGAAAACUCUGUUCAUUCCCUCCCCACAUUGUAAGGUCAUUUGCAGGAUUGCAAUUUUGUGCAUCUCCAACACAGUGUUUCCCAGUAGUGCUCCUGUGAAACCUUAUAUCUGCAUUCCGAUGCCAUCUGCUGUGACAGUUUCCUUUCAGCAGGGUUUUCUUUUGAUACAAAAUAUGAACAAUAAAAAUGCACUAAAUUAAAGUAAACAUGAAGAUAUUAGGGGCAGUUCUUUUGCUUUUUGAAAGCCACAACCUUAGAGCACUAAAAUCAUCUAAGAAUCACAAUCACAAAUCACUAAGAGGAAAGAAGACCUGAGGUGUGGUUUAGUUUGCCCAGCUCAGAACAUCCCCGUGUGCUCUUCAUGUACACAUCUGUGCCUCUCUUACAGCACAGCGCCAUUUCGAUACCGCUCUGCAAGUGUACAGAAAAGUUACAUUCUCACCCCUCUAUUAGAAGGCACUGGUUAACGACAGAGACAUGGUACUAGACUGUAUGAGGGCACAAAGAGAGUACAAACCCUACAAGUCAGUACCAAACUAAACGUGACAGUCUUUGCCUCCAAGAGUUUAGAGUCGUGCUUAGUGCUGAGCUGUAUGUCACACCAAGACAGCAUUGUACCAUCCUCUGAAGUUCUUCCUUGCAGGGCCAAAGUUCCUAAGUGAUUUAAGACGCCUGAGGUGGCAUCUCAAGUGGUAACAGAUAGCAGGCACUACAGGUAGUAUAAUAAGGGCUACGGACAAAUACUAUUUCCAUAGAGAAUUCAGAACUGAGAAACUUCUUUGUCUGUUUUUUGCCAAAAUCUGUUUUUUCAUGAAUCCGUUAACUUUCUGGGCAUGGCACACGAGCCUUCAUUUUCCUUCUGGACUGAAGGAAAGCAGUAGUCAGAAGUAACAUUAUAAAUGCAAAUAACGUUACUGAAUUUCUCUAUGGACAUCAGAAUCUCAGCAAUGUUAAUGUGUUUGUUGAUUUUGCACUCCUUACAAAUAUUAUAUGUAAAUUAUUGUCAAAUAUCUAAACUAAAUCAUAGAUGCUGAAGUAUUUAAACAAAUAAACAUUUGAUCCAUGGCAAA